AUGCACAACCGUUGCGAAGAGAAGUGCUCCGGCAAAAAACUUGAGGAGGAGAAGAGUGAGGAGGUGAAGAGUAAGGAGGUGAAGAGUAAGGAGGUGAAGAGUAAGGAGGUGAAGAGUAAGGAGGUGAAGAGUAAGGAGGUGAAGAGUAAGGAGGUGAAGAGUAAGGAGGUGAAGAGUAAGGAGGUGAAGAGUAAGGAGGUGAAGAGUGAGGAGGUGAAGAGUAAGGAGGUGAAGAGUAAGGAGGUGAAGAGUAAGGAGGUGAAGAGUAAGGAGGUGAAGAGUAAGGAGGUGAAGAGGAAGGAGGUGAAGAGUAAGGAGGUGAAGAGUAAGGAGGUGAAGAGUAAGGAGGUGAAGAGUAAGGAGGUGAAGAGUAAGGAGGUGAAGAGUAAUGAGGUGAAGAGCAAGGAGGUGAAGAGUGAGGAGGUGAAGAGUGAGGAGGUGAAGAGUGAGGAGGUGAAGAGUAAGGAGGUGAAGAGUAAGGAGGUGAAGAGUAAGGAGGUGAAGAGUAAGGAGGUGAAGAGUAAGGAGGUGAAGAGUAAGGAGGUGAAGAGUAAGGAGGUGAAGAGUAAGGAGGUGAAGAGUGAGGAGGUGAAGAGUAAGGAGGUGAAGAGUAAGGAGGUGAAGAGUAAGGAGGUGAAGAGUAAUGAGGUGAAGAGUAAGGAGGUGAAGAGUAAGGGGGUGAAGAGUGAGGAGGUGAAAGCGUGGGGGCAACAGGAGAGAGAAAGAGGAGAGAAAGCACGGCUUGAAGCACCACGAGAGCACCGCCUGGUGAGAAGAGAUGGGAGGAGGUGGGAGGUGGGAGGUGGGAGGAGGUGGGAGGAGGAGGUGGGAGGAGGUGGGAGGAGGUGCGAGGAGGUGGGAGGAGGUGGGAGGAGGUGCGAGGAGGUGGGAGGAGGUGCGAGGAGGUGGGAGGAGGUGCAAGGAGGUGGGAGGAGGUGGGAGGAGGUGGGAGGAGGUGCGAGGAGGUGGGAGGAGGUGCGAGGAGGUGGGAGGAGGUGGGAGGAGGUGGGAGGAGGCGGGCGGAGAGCGAAGGAGAUGGGUGGGCAUGGGAUGCAAGGAGACGCUUAG